UCCAAUUAAUGAAAGGGGCGGGCCAAGGACAGCCAGGUUAAUGGGGGAAGAGAGGAGCCGGUACACCUGUGCCAGACUGGAGGGGAGGAGCAGGUACACCUGUGCAAGACUGGAGGAGAGGAGCAGGUACACCUGUGCAAGACUGGAGGGGAGGAGCAGGUACACCUGUGCAAGACUGAAGGGGAGGAGCCAGUACACCUGUGCAAGACAAGGAGCAGUUACACCUGUGAAGACUGGAGGGGAGGAGCAGGUACACCUGUGCAAGACUGAAGGGGAGGAGCCGGUACACCUGUGCAAGACU